AUGGGUGCCGGUGGCAGGAUGACCGAGAAGGAGCGGGAGAAGCAGGAGCAGCUCGCCCGUGCUACCGGCGGUGCUGCAAUGCAGCGCUCACCGGUGGAGAAGCCGCCGUUCACGGUGGGUCAGAUCAAGAAGGCCAUCCCGCCACACUGCUUCGAGCGCUCAGUGUUGAAGUCCUUCUCCUACGUGGUCCAUGACCUCGUCAUUGCUGCGGCGCUCCUGUACUUUGCGCUGGCCAUCAUACCGGCACUCCCAAGCCCGCUCCACUACGCGGCCUGGCCGCUCUACUGGAUCGCCCAGGGGUGCGUGUGCACUGGCGUGUGGGUCAUCGCGCACGAGUGCGGCCACCACGCCUUCUCGGACUACCAGCUCCUGGAUGACAUCGUUGGCCUGGUGCUGCACUCGUCGUUGAUGGUGCCGUACUUCUCGUGGAAGUACAGCCACCGUCGCCACCACUCCAACACUGGCUCCCUGGAGCGUGAUGAGGUGUUCGUGCCAAAGAAGAAGGAAGCGCUGCCAUGGUACACCCCGUACGUGUACAACAACCCCGUCGGCCGGCUGGUGCACAUCGUCGUGCAGCUCACUCUCGGGUGGCCACUGUACCUGGCCACCAACGCGUCGGGACGCCCGUACCCGCGCUUCGCUUGCCACUACGACCCCUACGGCCCGAUCUACAACGACCGGGAGCGUCUCCAGAUCUUCAUCUCGGACGCCGGCGUCGUGGCCGUGUCGUUCGGGCUGUACAAGCUGGCGGCGACGUUCGGGUUCUGGUGGGUGGUGCGCGUCUACGCCGUGCCGCUGAUGAUCGUGAACGCGUGGCUGGUGCUCAUCACCUACCUGCAGCACACCCACCCGGCGCUCCCCCACUACGACUCGAGCGAGUGGGACUGGCUGCGCGGCGCGCUGGCCACCAUGGACCGCGACUACGGCAUCCUCAACCGCGUGUUCCACAACAUCACGGACACGCACGUCGCGCACCACCUCUUCUCCACCAUGCCGCACUACCACGCCAUGGAGGCCACCAAGGCGAUCAAGCCCAUCCUCGGCGAGUACUACCAGUUCGACCCAACUCCUGUUGCCAAGGCGACCUGGCGCGAAGCCAGGGAGUGCAUCUACGUCGAGCCUGAGAACCGCAAGGGCAUCUUCUGGUACAACAACAAGUUCUAG